AUGUCGGUUGAAUGUCCCACCAAGGCCAAGUCCCCACUCUAUUCACACCUCAAAUUAGAUCAGGUGAAAUGCUAUGCGUUGGAUGUGUUUUUGCAAUUUCCCCCCUUUAUGACAACAUUAAAAUCUCUCAAUGUGAAGGCUGGUGCGAAAAAACAGACCUCCCAUCAGAAAACUCAUGGAGAAACAGAUUGA